AUGCCACCCAAAAAGGGGGUGGUGGACCUCCUGGGGAGCAGCAGCAGCGAUGACGAGCCGCUCGUCAAGCGAAGGGUGGAAGCCCCCCGCGGCAGCAAGGAGGGUGCCGGCAAUGAUAACAAGAGACAGCAGGAUGUAGAGGAGGAUGGUGGCAGCAGCGAUAUGGAGGAGCUGUUUGAGGAUGACGACGAGCAGGCGCAUGUGGAGGGCACGGAGGACAAGGAGAUUGAGGCGGUGCUGUUCAAGCCAGGGGACCCACACUCGGCAACGGAGCUCAAGGAACUCGUGAUCCAAGACCUGAAGACCGAGGACCCUUCUGAGCGGGGCGGCUUUGCGCGGCGGCGCGUGGGCAAGGGCAGCGUGGUGCUGGUGCGGGGGGAGGACUCGGAGGGGACCACGGUUACCUGGGUGGCCAUGGUGGAGAAGUUGUACCGCAAGCGUGGGCAGUACCUUGCCGACAUCCACUGGUUCUACCGCAAGCCGGAUGUGCCGUCGUCGGCGGUACCGCGCAGGGCCAUGCU